CUUGAAAACUGUUCCGUGUCUACACACUCCGUCUAUUCAGAAGAAGGCAAUGAUGUAACUGAGGAAAAUCAACCAACGGACGCCGGAGCACGUUUAGAACAAAUAACAACGCGAAUAUUUGUCACACUUCUCCCUGAUGACGAAACCGCAGAGCAACGCCACCACGAUCUUCUGCAAGCUCAAACGCGUCUCUAUAAUCUAACAAAUGGAUCGAAAGUAUUGGUUGUCAACUGUGGUGAAGUCAACACACAACUGAUGACCAUUUUUCCUCUGAUCCAAAACUGUCCGUUCGAUCUGGACGGAUAUCCGGAUUUGGCAACAUUUAUAGCCUUCUGUGAACGGGUCCAUGAUUGGUUAUUGCUAUCCAGCACCCAUGUGCUUCUGUUGCACGCUGAAGGCGUUGUGGCUCAAACACGUCUGUUGCUACUCCUUCGAUCACUUUCUUCGUACUACGAAACAAAUGAUUGGUACGACCCCACAACCAGCCGUAUGCUACGUCAAUACAUCACCUCCUAUCCGAAUGGCAAGUUGCUUUCCCCUGUUGCCUGGUUGAGGUUUUCCGGUUAUAUGCGCCUAUUCUCCCCGGAAAACGCGCUCGGAAUUUUGCGGGCAACUGUUGGCAUUUACAACCUUGCAUUUUAUAACUUCCCGGUGUUUGAAGAAAACAAAUUACGGCUCUUCAUCAAGUUUUAUUCCGGUUUCCCGCUUCGCCACAUCUACACAACGUCCAUACACGAUUUUUCGUCAACAAACACUUGUAACACAAUUAUACGUUUUACCAACGACACCGACUCCUCCUCGUCCAACGUUGGACUACGGUUGCAAGGCAAUAUCAGCCUAAUCGCGUAUCACUGUCGUCCAUACCCAGCCCGAAGACUACGCCUAUUUCGCCUCCACCUACAUUCCUGUCAGUGCAUUGUGGACCCACUAACAUUCCAGAGGGACGAUUUUGAUUACCUUUGUGAUGCCCUGCUGACUAUUGUUUUCUCGUCUCACCUCCACAAAGCAUUCCCUUCCACAAUGCGCAUGGAACUCCAUACCACCAAUCGGAAACCUUCAACUAGUGUCACAUAUGGUGAUCUAUUUUCAGUUCACGUUGACGUACGUGAGGAACGGAUCUCUCCUGGUUCGGCUUUUGGCGAAAGCACUACCACGGCCUUCCCAGGCAGCACUGCUACCCCGGUGAAAAAUCAUCUCAGUGAUCCAAUGAGUCCAGACAACGCCGUCAGACUCCAUGACUCCCUCGAGAAUCUCAACUCCCAUUCUGCCGGUGACCAACGAAUGACUCGAUACGUCAGCUUCUCUCGUUUUGAAACACUUGACGGGCUUAUCCAGCUAAACGGACAGCAUUACUUGGGACAACUAAACCUGUGUCGGUUAUCUUUACCUCCGGUGGAAGAGCACUGUGGUACUUAUGAUACAUUGGCGUAUGAUAAUACUGAAAUUUCGGGCUUAGAGGAGUCGUAUGGGCAAUCUGAAAUGUCACCGCGCAAGAAGGGUAUCCAAAGCAUCUUCUCAAGUACACGCCGGAAGACUAACAAAGAAGCUACGACAGAUACCAUCGCUGACUCAGAUCUCAUGCCUCCACCAACGGAAACCUUGGUCCCACGGAAAGGGCACAAGCGCAAAUACAACGUGGGCCAACGCCUGCUCAAGUUUCUAGCUAGCAAAGGUGGUGCGCUAGAAGUACCGGAAACAGACAAGAUGGAGUCUCCUGAAGUUUCUGACUUGGGAAUUUCCGAAGGUUCUUCGGAAGAAAGUUCAUCAACAAGCUCAUUACUCAAUCUGUUCACUCGCUUACGCCAUCGGCACACGGAACUUUCCACGUACUCUUCCAGCCACAAAGGUGGACCGCCGAAAAAAACACGCAAAGUGGUUACGGUGGACGAAAUGAAUCGACAGAUAGUCACUUCCGUCCCCGUUCGUCCCACAACUGAGGACCUGCUUGAGGCCGCACGUCGUCUUAACUUUAUGGCUGGGACACAGGAACUAGAUCGCUUGCUAGAAGAACUCAGACUGACCAGUCUACAAAUGUCCUCUGGUCUUCCCCCGCCAAGUGCUCCCUAUUCACCGAAACCCUACAACGUCGCAACACAUGGAUCUCACACCUCCUCAUACCGACAGAACAGUAGUGUUCACACGCACAGUCGUUACAACACCACACGAUCUUCAUCAACCAUCGGUCUGUACGGGAGCCACGACCCGCAAACCCCGAAUCUCACUAGUCCGACUGGUUAUAAUUAUCAAAAGCGUUCGGUCUACCAUACGGAAAGACGCCUAGAUGGGUUAGCUAGACCCGCUCACUAUCCUGUGUUACGUUCGAGCAUGUCUCCUGCACCUACACCCAGGCACCAUACCACCUAUACAACAGUACUCAAACAACGUCCUCCAAUGGGACCAAGACAGUUGUCUCAGGUGCACUUGACGAUUGAUCCAGAAUGUGGAGCAACAGAUGCUUCGAUCUCCAACGGCCGGGAUAUAAGUUCUCGUGAACAGCGGUUAGAAGCUGAACUAAAUUCUGCUCGACAAGAGUUGGCUCAGUUGCGGCGAGCUAUCAGUCUCGUUGAGGAGCGGCAUAGGCAAGAAUAUAAUCGUGAAGUGCGGACACCUGUCUCACCAACACAUAUACCUCAAACAAGAUCACCUCUCUCUGGACAAAAUCAGUUCCUUUCAAACACCUCUAGUUCAUAUCAAACUCAACAUUUUGGAUCCCGAUCAACCAGUUCCACAUUCCAAAGAACAACAUCUCCACGCCAGGAAGGCAUAUUGAAACUGAACAUGGACAAGGGUGACCGGAAAAACGAAGGUGACGUUACAGAGACGGCCUGCAGUGAUUUGGAACAAAAAACCAGCGUCUCAACGUUCAAUGAAAGAAGACAUCUCAAUCUCAGUGACAGUGAAAAAUAUGAUUCCUCCGAACGAGAAACCGAUGACUCUGUCAAGAUUCCGAUUCGUCAUUUAUCCUCAAAGUCGUCAAAGGUCGUGAAUAAAACGGCAAAAUUAUCAACGACUCUUACCCGAAGUCGAUCAGGGAGUUCUGAAAGGACCACAUCAUCAGCUCGGAAACAGAAUUGUCAUGAGGCACAUUGUUCGUACUGUUUUCCCCAAGGAGCAUCCAGACACGUUCACGGUCAUCAAUUUUUCCAUCGAGCUGGUACGUUCUCCCCUACCCCAUAUGGACAAGACCAAGGAUCCUCGUACUCUCGAAUCAGACACACAAUAACAUCGAAAUCACGCAAGAAAGUUCACCGGCCUGCUCCUGUGUCCACUUCUUCGAGAGAUCAAAUUUUGGAACGAGAGAAAACGAAAGUCAUUCGGUCGACUAGUCUGCGCGACUCAUACCGUUUUGUUCCACGCGAAACCAGAAGAAUAUUGACCCCAACACCACGAACUUUAUAUCCGUCUAUAAGAAAUACUCAUAGUAGAGGCAGUGACGGCGCUGGUUUUCCUUUGUCUAAAAGAGCAAUGAGUCAUACGAACGUCCAGACUACUCGGUCUUGGAAUCUACGUUCACAGAACUAUCGUCAAGGAUCCGAAACCGACCUUUCCGUCAAGACCACCACCUCAGCCUCUAACCAACCAGGACGGUCGGGUUACUCGGCCCAUCGAGAACGACUCCGCCAGGAACGCGAACGUGAGCUACUGUUGCGUCAACAACAAAAACGCCAACUUGCUGCAUCAUCAACCGGAUUGAACGAGCAAUUGCACCAGCAAAAUCGACAGCAACAACAGUAUAGAUCGUUGUCAGCUGUUAAUACUCCAUCUGUGAGUGAGGCAGUGGAAGAGAUCGAAACGGUCGUUCUGCAGUUCAUCGGUCGUGGAGUACAAGAUGUAGAUUCGCGCGUUGGAUCAAUGACCACACUGCCACGUGGUCGAGGGGGAUCAAUGAUGGAUGUCGAACCUAAUCAUUCAAAAAGUCGUAUUAGAACGGCUUUUUCUCCACCACGCGCAUCGGUACAGCGAAUGCAAACUACCUCAUCUGGCAGACAUUUCCCAAUUGCACCGCUAUCCAGCUCUGGUAUCCGAGCGAGGAGCACCAGCCCAAGCGUUACAAACUACAAUCCGGUUGUCUCCCAGAAGCCACCCCAGCCGCUCCCGCUACACUCUCCUGUGGACAGUAGAUACAAAUCAUUUCUUACCAAUGCGUCCACACCAACAAGAGAGCUGGUCGGAUUAUCGGAAGUUUUCGACACACAACCGCGGGUGAACACACCAACUGGCUUUAUAGGCAGUGAACCCCACAGGGGAGGUAUAACACGCGUUGAACGGGGACCGUCCGUCUUGACUGAUUCCAGCAAGUCUCAAUCUGAUCGGAUUGUACAGCAUCCAACCUUCAGACACAGCCCCGCUGAUGACAGCGAAUUCGCAGUACUAGGGUCCGAGAUCAGUAGCAUCCACCCCAGACGAGAAGCGCAGUCGAAAUCAGCUGGGACGAAUAACGUAGACACGCCUCAUGUAUCGUGGAAUGGACUUAGUCACACUCCACAGGAAGCGUUCGAGACAGAUUCAGGUCGAGCACGUUCUUUCGCUCCAAAAGUACCAUUGCACCAAUCCAACCUUGUAGAAACACAGAAACCAGCUCAUACUGGUACAUUACACACUAGUGAUGGGGAUAUUCCAGUAUCUCGAUUGCCAGUGACCAAAACCUCCGAUAUUCGGGAAGGUCAGUACAGGUGUACUCAAAAUGGGGCAACGCCACCGCUGUGCAAUUUGGCCAGGUUAACCGACCCACUGGAGGUAGACGUAUCACUAACUGAUACGAAACCAGUAGCACGCUCACAGAUGCAAAAGUUUAUCCCACGUCUUGUGUCAAAAGGGGACGAUACGAAGACAGAUAGAGAGAUCGCUGAAGUCGGUCCAGUGACGGUCAACUCAGAACAGGCAGCACCUCUUCAGGAAAUCGAGCAACACGAGGAUAUGAAGGCACUUCAGCUAGCCCCACGUAGCUCACUUGGAUCUUCUGAAAACGAAGAUCUCGGGCUGCAAAAUGUGGACAGCAGUCAGCGUGGAGGCCUUGCCAAACGAGGAUUCUCUUCCACACAGUUCCUCGCGCGGAACAACUCCAACAGCGACUUGGUUAAACCUAUGCCCAUGCAUCAGUCUCAAACGAUGAUAUCUCCAUCACCUCAGCCUUUGCAAGCUUCUCGAUUCAAUACAAGCGCGACUUUGGUCAACCACUCUCAAGCGACUGUACUGCUUAACGGCAGUCGAGGGCAUCUGUCCUCCACCAACUCAACCGCUGCCCCAACAACCACGACACCUGUGAUCACAAACGGUUGGAAGGUUGAUGGGAGUGUCAAGCAAACAUCUAUCGACAGGGGACAGGACAACGGUAACUUGGGCGCUGUGCAGGAUACAGCUCCAAGCUGGUAUCGACCGAAAUUGUCACGGGAAGCUGCGAUAAACAUACUGCGUCAACAGCCUCCAGGCAACUUCCUCAUUCGAGAUAGCACAACUUUCAAGGGAGCCUAUGGACUCGCUGUGAAAGUGGCAACACUUCCUCCCAAGGUCACUCAGAAGUCAGGUUUUACCAAAUUUGUCCGAAGUCUACUCAACGACCUCCAAUCGGAACUGGUAAGACACUAUUUGAUUGAGGUAGUCAAUACACCUACACGAGGCGUACGACUUAAAGGAUUCGCCAGCGAACCAGUGUUCCCAAGUCUGGCGGCUUUGAUUCACCAGCACACUAUUGAUCCGCUGGCGCUACCAUGUCGGCUGAUUCUACCACCGGUCCCAACGAAUCUACCGUCAUCUGGAAGUGCUACACUGCCUUCUCUGGUAAUUGGCACUGUGAAACAUGCGCCAGCAGUCGAAGAUGGUGCAGUGCCAGACAAUGUCACCGUUGCCAGUUCGGGUAGCGUGAGAGGAGCACCGCCAUCCGAAGUAGGUUCGUUACACACUGACGGACCUGUUGGCCCUCCUCAUCGAAUGGAUGGCAUUGCACAAAUGUCAAUUCACGUCCACGACAAUCCUGUCCCUUCACACAAUGUACCUUAUGUGUGCGUGGUUCGCGAAGGUUCCUCGCCCCAAAGACGUUCACCACUGGAUAUCACGGCUUUUCGCUGUCUAAUGCUGGGUUCGGUGGAUACGCCUCAGUGGAGUUCCGAACUGUGUUUCGCUCGGGCUGUAGACCAGCUUAUUCCUUUGACGCUCCUAACAGCAUCCGAAUGUGAUCAUGGGGUCAGCCGUGUACGCUACACCGAGGUACAGCUACACGUGAGCGCACACGAUGGGAUAACCAUCAUUGACCUUCAGAGACGUUUGUUCCUACGGCGGCAUCUUCCCAACCACGUGUUGUUGUAUUGCGGUCUUGAGUCAAGAAAGAAAGAAUUUUCGCAUCCAGAACACCAACUUCAAGGCCUCGUUCACCCAAGGAUUUUCGGAAUUGUUGUCCGAAAGGGAAUCAGCGAGUGCACAACGCACGUCUUUUCUGAGCUGGAUCGGGCACACACGGCGGAUUACGUCGUUCAACACAUCCGAGCAACGUACCCUCAUAUGAAUAUGGAGUGGUCAGGUCUGCCCACCAGAGAGGCCCCAGGUUUUACAUUUUAUCGUAGUUGCCCGACUUGUAAUCUUCGGAAGCAGCAGAUGUACGUCCAGGAAAAGUGA